AUGUAUUCGAUGAGGAGAUUCGGUUUUAUAUAUCGUUUAAAACGAGUGUCGAUUUCUGAGUUUCAUACAGUUAUGGCAAGCGAUAAAGAUAAAUGUGAUUUACUGAUAGUUAUGGGUUCGUCCCUUAAAGUGCGACCGGUAGCUCUUAUACCCAGCUCUAUACCGGCUAAUGUACCACAAAUACUUAUUAACCGUGAACAGCUGCAUCAUUUGGAAUUCGAUGUUGAGCUGCUCGGUGACGGUGAUGUCAUUAUCAACCAAAUAUGUCAUCGUUUGGGGGAAGAUUGGCAACAAGUUUGUUUCAAUGAUGAAAUUCUAAGCGAAAGCAAAGAAUUAAUGCCUCUGGAUGAGGAGAAAGAAACAGAACUAGAUGAAUUUAGAUGUUUAGCUGCGGAAUGUGAAGACGAACAUAAAUCAAAUAAUUCCAUUGAGCUAACUAUGAGGCCACAACAACCAUCUUCACUGCAGCAAAGUGCAGCUGGUCGUUUAUUUAAAGGUACUUAUUAUUGUCACGGCGGUAGCGCUUCUUACGUGUUUCCUGGUGCCACCUGGAAUACGGAUUCGAAUGAAACGAUUGAAGACGAUCUGGCAGAUCAAAAAGUCGAAGAAGAAUUUGAGGACUCAGACACAAAUCAAGCUCCUUUAUCACCUCUAAUGACCCCAUCAGUAGAAGCUGAAAUGGUCAAUGCUAUAACCAGCACUAAAAGCCAUCAACUAACAGCAAACACGAUAUCAACACCAGCAACUUUUAAUAAUGUUAUAAAUGCUAGCAAUAAUAGAAACAGUGGCACUUGUUUGGCUUUAAAUAAACAGAAACGUUAUUCAAGCGUCGAAGAACCGAAUGUAGAAUUAAGUUGUGUCACAGCCCAAGCAAGUAACAGCCAAACCAGUAGCAAUAAUGAUAUAUACCCACCUUCCAAGAAGCGACGAAACAGCAAAGAGUUGUUAAUCGUUGGUAAUGAAUUCAAUGAGCAAAUCAACAAUAUCAGUGCCCAAGACAAUCCUAACUUAGAAUGUAGUCUUAGCUAUAAUAAACUUUAA